UAUAAAUAUUUAUGCUUUGGCAUAUAUUGCUCGUAGUCACGCCAUAUAGAGAGGGGGAGAGACAGUGGUAACCUUCAAUCAUUCUUUCUUCCUUUCGAAUAUCUUUGAACUCAUGAAAAUAUGGCCAAAAUGGUUAAAAUCUUGGCUGGUUUGCUGAUAGUGGCCUUUGAUGUCGUUGCUGGGAUUCUUGGAUAUAAAGCAGAAGCAUCUGAAAACCAGGAAAAGCACCAGACACUGUGGUUGUUCGAGUCAUGUAACAAGCCAAGCCAUGAGGCAUUUGUUUUUGGGUUAGCUGCAGCAACUCUGCUUGGAAUAGCUCAUGUUCUUGCCAACCUUCUCGGAGGCUGCAGUGUUUGUACUACUGACGAUAUUCGGAAAGCCACCCCUAUCAAGCAAUUAUCAAUUGCUUGUCUCGUUUUUACAUGGAUCAUAUUUGCAGUAGGAUUGGGAAUGCUAGUGAUUGGGACAAAGGCGAACCACAAGUCAAGAAUUUCGUGUGGUUUAAUACAUCAUAAUUACCUAUCCAUUGGUGGAAUUCUGUGUUUUGUUCAUGCCCUCUUUUCUGUUGCAUAUUAUGUCGCAGCCAGUCAAAAUCUGGCAUAACUUAUGAAAGUUUUUGAGGUGUUCUAGACCAAUGGCAUUUGCAUAUUUAUGUUGAACAGCAAAGUGUAACUUGUGUUUUGCAUCACACAAGGUUGACUAGUUUUGACUCGAAAUAAAUUUAGGAUAAAGGGUUAGUGUGGAACAGACAAGACAAGGAAGAUACAGCACUGAGAUCACAGAGCAAAGAGGAAGAGACGUCUACAAAUCAGAGAGCAGACCAAAUGGAAGCAACAUGUUUAAGAGCUCAUUUCACUUGAACAACGCUACUGUCUGGAAUUUCUCCCCGCAUUCUUGUUACCAGAAAUUAUGAUUUUGGCUCUAAUUGCACAUGUUUUUUAAGAAAUGGUGUUAGAAAUUUCAUUGCACACCCAACUGUUGACCUUCUUGUACAGUUUAAUUUGUAUCAUGGAAUUGGCAAUAGUAAGAUGUUUCAUUCUCAAAA